AAUCCAUAAUCAUUCCAGGUCAUUGUGGUACAGUUGCUCCCAAAGCCUACAGUGUUUAUGGCUGCGGUUUUGGAGGAAGGACACGCAUCUCUUCCUGCUCUUUUCGUUCGAAUACUUGCUCCCCAUGUCCACCAUACAGAAUUGAUGGAGCAUACAGAUGUCACGGCAGACUGUACAGUGGAGGACACGAUGAAAGAUUUGGUGCAAGAAUCAUGGCUGGAGGGUGCUAUGGAAGAGAUUAUGACUACCUCCAGAAGACCGAGAAGGCCACCAUGCAAAACCUGAAUGACCGUCUGGCAUCCUACCUAGAUAAGGUGCACUUUCUGGAGACUGCCAAUGCCACUCUGGAGAGGCAGAUCCGCGAGUACUAUGAGAAGAAGGGGCCGGUCUGCCAGAGGGACUACAGUUGCUACUUGAAAACCAUCGAUUGCCUUCAGGAAAAGAUUAAAGAUGCUACCAUCAACAACGGCAAAAUCCUCCUGCGUAUCGACAACUCUAAAUUGGCUGCUGAGGACUUCAGGAUAAAAUAUGAGAAUGAGUCGUUGAUACGGCAGUGUGUGAAGGCUGACAUUGAUAACCUGCAUCGCAUACUUGAUAAGACAUGCCUGGCAAAGGCCGACUUGGAGAUGCAGACCUGCGCUCUGCAGGAGGAGCUGGUAUAUUUGAAGAAAAGUCACCAGGAGGAUGUGGCAGCACUACUGUGUCAGUUAACAAACACAAAAGUGUGUGUGGAAGUGGAUGCUGCUCCUCAACAAGACCUGAACAAGGUUUUGGAAGACAUCCGUUGUCAUUAUGAGACCAUCAUAGAUAAACACUGCAGAAAACAGGAGUGCUGGUUCAAAGAGAAGAUGGCAGAUCUGUGUAAAGAUGCUGCCACCAACACAGGGUGCCUAGAAACCUCUAGGUCAAAGAUCUCAGAUUUGCGACGUACUUUGCAGAGCCUGGAGAUCGAGCUACAGUCUCAAAUCAGCAAGAAAGGAGCACUGGAGUGCUCACUGUUGGAAACAGAGGCUAGGUACAGCGCUAUGCUAGCAGGCUUUCAGAAGCAUAUCAACUCAUUGGAGGCAGAGCUUUGUCAGGUGCGCUCUGGCAUUGAGCAGCAGGGCAGAGACUAUGCUGUACUGCUGGACAUCAAAAGCCGUCUGGAGCAGGAGAUCGCCACUUACAGGUGCCUCCUGGAAAAUCAGGGCGUUCAGUAAGUUCAUCUUUUUAUUUCAAACAACUGAACAACACAAGGAUGGGG